AUGCUGCUGGCUGGCAAUGGUGACAAUUCAUUCCAUGCUGUGCAUGCACCGCGCUCGAGAGCGAGGGGAUGGUUGAUGCUGGCGAGUGAGACCUCUUGGCAGGUGUUGCUGCUCCUCACCAGCCUCUCGCGAUCCCAUUUUGGAGGGUGGCAUGCACGGCGUGGUGCAGGACUUCAUGUAGGUUGUGAUGACGGGCUUGUGAGUGCUGUUGGUAGACUGCUGUGGUGUUUCUCCUGGAAACGACCAGCUGGUCCGCAGGAUGGGAACGAAGGUGGUAGGGACACCUUGUGCGAGCAUCGCGACCCAAAUCACAUUCUAGGACAUUUUGACGUCUGUUUUGUUGACGAGUUUCGAUGCUUGCACAAUUCGUCUAGCUAUUUGUUAGUGCGGCGGAAAUUUGUGUUGUACGGUGGACACUGCUCGCAAUGGCGUCGCAAAGGUGCACCCUGCAUAAAAAGGGCUCCUGGGUGCCGGGCGUGCUGGCACCCUGGGCAUGCCCUCUGCACUCUGCAAGGGCGUUCGGGGGCGCUUGAGCUGCCUUGCUACUCGCCCGUGGCCCUUGGCAGGUGCCGAACCUGGAGGAUGGGCAUGGGGUCGUUCGGUGGGUAUAUAUUUGUAAAUUUGGUGCGCUGUGACAUUGGCAAACUUGGCAUAGUGUGCGUUCUGCUAUGCAUACCGUCCUCGCAUUAUAAAUGA